AUCAACACAAGAGGUCUUUCUAUCUCUAGCCGAUAGUGUUAGAAUCGGCAUCGGUUUAUAUUCACUGGGAGAAGCAUUGCCGCAGUGAGUGAAUAAUCUUAUCAACGCUUCAGCUCCAAACCGCGGAUAUCAGCCAGAUGUACUCGUAUACACAAAGGUUGUGUCUAAGUUUCUGCGAUGCGGAAUUACGUGAUUGUAUGGGAGAAAAUUAUGUUAAGAAUUUUGAAUUCUUUUGACAUUGCUAGGUUUAUAUAAACGCAAGGCGUGUUAGCAACUGAGAUUAUGUCGGGCUACAGCUGCGCACUUGAUAGUUUUAUGACGAGCUGUCUGAGGGAUUAAUGAGCGACGUAACCACCUCUGUCAACUACAAUUGUGACAGUGGCAAAGCUAGCCCGUGCGCGGGAAUGGAAGGAAGAAGCGGCAUUUCUUUGGAUUUUAACAAAAUUGAAAUGUCAAGUAUAGGCCUGUCACUUGGACUUGAGGUUAGAAAAUACCAAAAUGCCAUUUUAAGAUGUUGGCGCAACAGCACUGCGCGGUCAUAUUAGCUAGCUGUGUGGAAUUGUAGGCCAAUUGAAAGGAGAUGCACGUCGCCCGUCGUUUUUGUCGCUGAUGCCGCUUUGGAAUGAGAAACACAGCAGGUUAAUUGAUGUGAAUUUGCUGACAGGAUAGCCUGCAAAUGAAGCCGAACUGCGUCAGAGCAAACGGACGUAGCAGGUAUCCUCCAUCCUCCGGCUCAGGACGAACCAUGAUAAAAGCAGCCACUGAGUGUCACAGAUAAGUGUUUAAAAAUUCACAUGAGAUGGAUUCAGGGCCAGGGUCCGGGUCGGAGCCGCCUCUAGGAUGCGCAUUCUCUUCCGUUCCUAACCUAGACUCUGACAUGAACUCGCGCUCUGUUUACGUGAACGGUGAUGAUUGCAAUGUCAACAUGGACCCUGGCGCAGCGCUAAGAGUGCAGGGGGCAAGUGAUCCCAGUGCGUAUCCCUUGUCGGAUUACCGUGGACUGGUCCGCCAGAGGUUCAUACGGAGGAGUUUGUGGUUCUCCGAAACAGAGGAACCAGCGUUUGAUGCGUCAGAAUGUGAUACCAGCAGCCCGAUCGUCAGCGUUCACUUACGCACCAUUGUGGAUAGGACUAGAGUUGCACGCGUUGGCUUUCAUGAAAGCUCGAGCACCGAAAGUCAGGUGGGACAGAGAGGCAGCGCUACAGAAAGCUUCAGCGCGGAGGAUGAUAAAGACAAGACUCCAGCCGAGCAAAAGACGGAAAUUGCAUCCCCGGAACAGCUCAGAACCACCGGGAAAGCGGGAAGCGAUGAAAAUGAGGAAGAAGCCGAGAUGAAAGCUGUCUCCACAUCACCUGGCGGAAGGUUUCUCAAGUUUGACAUAGAGCUGGGACGGGGUUCUUUUAAAACGGUUUACAAGGGCCUAGACACAGAAACAUGGGUUGAAGUGGCGUGGUGUGAACUUCAGGAUCGCAAGCUGUCCAAAGCGGAGAGACAAAGAUUCAAAGAGGAAGCGGAGAUGCUCAAGGGACUGCAGCACCCCAACAUCGUGCGAUUCUAUGACUUUUGGGAGUGUCCUGUUAAAGGGAAGAAAUGCAUUGUCCUUGUGACAGAGCUCAUGACCUCAGGAACACUGAAGACCUAUCUGAAGCGGUUUAAAGUGAUGAAGCCCAAAGUGCUGAGGAGCUGGUGCAGGCAGAUCCUCAAGGGCCUCCACUUCCUCCACACGAGGACCCCUCCCAUCAUCCACAGGGACCUCAAGUGUGACAACAUCUUCAUCACCGGGCCCACCGGCUCGGUGAAGAUCGGCGAUCUUGGUCUGGCCACCCUCAAGAGAGCUUCGUUUGCCAAGAGCGUCAUUGGUACUCCUGAGUUCAUGGCUCCAGAGAUGUAUGAGGAGCACUAUGACGAGGCUGUGGACGUGUAUGCCUUUGGGAUGUGCAUGCUGGAGAUGGCCACCUCCGAAUACCCGUACUCGGAGUGCCAGAACGCUGCGCAGAUCUACCGCAAAGUGACCAGUGGAGUGAAGCCGGCCAGCUACAGCAAGGUUGCUGUCCCAGAAAUCAAGGAGAUCAUUGGCGAGUGCAUCCGCCACCACUGGGAGGAGAGGUACUCCAUCAAAGACCUCCUCAACCACGCCUUCUUCGCCGAGGACACAGGCGUCCGAGUGGAGCUGGCGGAGGAGGAUGAUGGGAAGAAGUCAUCGAUCGGGCUGCGGCUGUGGGUGGAGGACCCCAAGAAGCUCAAGGGGAAGUACAAGGACAGCGGGGCCAUAGAGUUCACCUUUGACCUAGAGAAAGAGGUCCCCGAGGACGUUGCACAGGAAAUGGUGGAGUCGGGCUUCUUCCUGGACAGCGACGUGAAGGUGGUGGGCAAGUCCAUCCGCGACCGCGUGGCGCUCAUCAAGUGGAGGCGAGAGCGCAUCAUCGCGGCGGCGGCCGCUGCCGAGGCGGAGGCCGGGGAGAAGGGUGCGGAGGGAGCGUCGGGAGCGCCGGGAGCGUCGGGAGCGUCCGGCCUGCUGCAGCUACCCGGGGCCAGCCCGGCCCAGACCGCCCCCUACACCGCCCCCUCCGCCGCCCCCUCCGACACGGACGACACCGUCUCUGAGCAGGACCCGGCCUCGGCUGCCACAGCCACAUCUGACAGUGGUGUUGGGUCCGCAGCCAUCUCAGACGUGUUGAGCCUCCAGCACAGUGUUCCAUAUCAUUCUCUCCCGGAGCCCAUCUCCACCACUCAGAGGGCCUAUGGCGCCCCCAUGCAGCCAGGAGCCUACCAGCAGCAGCCUGCUCAACCACUACAGGGGAUCCAGCAGCAGCAGACCACCCAGCUACACCAGGGGGCCCAACAGGAGCCCACCAUGCAGCUGCACCCAGGGGCCCAACAGCAGCAGACCGCACAGCUGCAACAGGGGGCCCAACAACAGCAACAACAACAGCCUACUGCACAGCUCAAUCAGGUGGUCUACCAGCAAGCCGCUGCACAGCUGCACCAGGGGGCCUACCAGCAACCCUCUCUGCAGCUGCAUCAGGGGGCCUAUCAGCAGUCUCCUCCACCGUGCGCCGCCUUGGCCCCCUCUGUUUCGGCGGCUCCGGUACUGAGCGUGCCGCACGGCCGCCCGAGUGUCCCCGGCUUCCCGCCGCCCUCUCAGCCGGCACAGCAAGCGCAGCUGAGCCAGCAGCAGCCGCCGCCGCCGCAGCUAGCACAGGAGUUCCACCUCUAUCUCCACCCUGCCGUUUUCCAGGCCCAGCCGUUGUCUACUGCUCCACCUCUAUCGCAGGCUGGCUCAGAGGGGCUCCCCUUUGCUGCACAGCUGCUCCAGACGUCCACUACCCUGCCGGGCGCCAUGACGGGCGCCAUGACGGGCACCAUGCCGGGCACCAUGCCCCCGCAGCAGCCGCCAGCUCACGGCACGCCCCUUCUCCAGCCCCUGCAGAUCACCACGCAGUUCCCUGCAUACUCUGUGCUACCAGCAGGGGGCACACCAGCUGGAUGUGAAGCAAUGUGUUACUCUCCCGCUCCCCUGUCGUCUGCUUACCCUGCCAGUGUUGCCCCUGUGCCCUCUCCCUACUACUCCCCUGCCCCUGCCCACUCCUGCCUCCCCCUGGCGCCCACCCAGACCGUGCCCUCUGGCCUGGGCACCCCCCAGACCCCCAGCUCCGUGCCCCAGCAAAUGCUGGCGCCCCCUAUUCCUCUCCUGGCCAUGGCGGUGUCGCCCUCCAAGGCCGCUACGCACCAGCAACCAGCUUACUCUCCUCUCCCCCACCCCGAAACCCCGCCCAUCAUCUACCCCGGCCAAUCCGCCCCCGUCCCUAGCUUACAGCCCGCCUCCCUCCCUCAGCAAGAACAAAGUUUGGCUGAGACAGCAGUGCAGCCGCAGGAGUGCAGUACCGCCUCGGCCCAGGAGGAGGCGCCGCCACCGCUCCUGGCUCCCGUCCACUCCGCCGUGCCCACCUCCUUCGUCCAGUCUCUUCCGGUCAGAGCCGAUCAGGAGGCCGAUGCCGCUGCCGCCGCGUCCCAGCGCUGCCACCCAGAGAGCCCUGCGCCCACACCGCUGACUGCUGGUGCCCUGGCACCUGGUGCGCCCGAGGGUGCCAACGUAAGCUCUGGGUCUGUGCCCGGCCCGGCGUUGGUCUCCGCCCAGCAGCCAGCAGAGCUUGUUCAGGAGGAGCCGAUGCCAGAUAGACAGGCGGCCUUCCUCAGCUAUGCCUACGACAGUGUGAACUCGGACGCGGCGUCGGGCAAAGAGAUGAGCGACAGCUACGAGGGCACGGCCAGCGGAGGCAAGGGAGACGGGAAACCACGGAAACACCACCGCAAGUCGGCCCGCACGCGCUCCCGCCAGGAGAAGACCAGCAAGCCCAAACUGAGCAUGCUCAAUGUUUGCGAUACCGGUGACAAGAUGGUGGAAUGUCAGCUGGAGACUCACAACCAUAAAAUGGUGACCUUCAAGUUUGACCUCGACGGGGACGCUCCAGAGGAGAUUGCUACAUACAUGGUGGACAAUGGCUUCAUCCUGCCCAUUGAGAAGGAGGUGUUCAUUGACCAGCUGAAGGACAUAGUGGACAAGGCUGAGGACAUGCUGAGUGAGGACACGGAGGGGGAGAGGGUGUCCAGCAGGGGGAGCAGUCCUCAGCAGAGCCACAGCGGCAGCCUGACCGGGGGAGAGGGUGUGAGCGGUUCUUCUGGAGUCCCCCAGCCGGUCUAUCAGCAGAAUGUUCUACACACGGGCAAGAGGUGGUUCAUCAUCUGCCCGGUGGAGGAGGUGCCCGCGGGCAGCCGAGACGCCCCCUCCGAGGGCACUGCAUCCACACACUCCUCCCUCACUGGCACCGUGACUAUGAGGCCCGAGGGGAUGAGUGGCCCGCCAGCAGGGGGCAGUGUGGCCUCAUCCACAUUCUCUAAAGACUCUGAUGGCUCCACGUCGGCGCCACCCUCAGCGGGCAGUGACGUGACCGGCGUGUGCAGCCCUCUCCCGCAUCCCCUGACCGACCCGCUGGCUUUCUCUCUCCCCUCCACCGCCCUGCCGGCCCAGCCUCCGCCCCUGCACUGCCCCCCGGAGGACGGCACGAGCGCUGCGGCGAGCUCGGCCCAGACGCGCGUGGUGCUGGCCCACCCUCCGCCCGGGACGGGGCUGCGCAACUCCCUGUCCGUGGACGAGAGCCAGCUGAGCGGGCGCCUGGCGGCGCUCUCCCCGAUCCACGCCGCGCAGCAGGUGGCAGAGAUGGCCUGCGCCAGCUCCCUGGCCGAGGAGGUGCCCUGCUGCCCGCUGGUCAUGCCCCUCUCUCUGGACGUGAGCAUGCCGCCGUCCCUCACCCACUCCGCGCCGCCCACGGACCUGAGCUGCGCCCGCGAGGCGGCCCAGAUGCAGACGGAGCGCGGCGGCGGUGGUGGUGGUGGUGGCGGCGGUGGUGGGGGUGGCAGUGCCCACGCCUCGGUGGUGAUGCAGCAGCCCUUCGCCAGCGUGGGCGGCGCCAAAGCCCCGUCGCUGCCCCAGAGCCCGGCGCUGCCCCAGCCCUCGGCCACCGCGGCGGAGUCGGACGGGGAGGGCGGGCGCGGCGGGCGCGGCGGGGGCUUCGUGGACAGCACCAUCAAGACGCUGGACGAGAAGCUGCGCAACCUGCUGUACCAGGAGUACGCGCCCAUGUACCCGUCGGGCAGCGCCGCCGAGACGCCCGGCUCGGGCACCGAGUACGUGCAGUCGCCGCCGGGACCCGAGAGCGCCGUGGAGGGGUCGGGCACCAGCACGCCCGGACCGCUGGGCGACGGACGCCUCAGGGCAGGAGAACAGCUGGUAAUCACUCUCUGUUGCCCUCUGCUGCCCCAGAUCCCUGAGCGGAUGGACAGUUUGAGCAUUCACAGCGACUCCGGCGUAGGAGUUGCCAGAAGACCUGGGAUGCCCCACUCCACCUCUUGCUCUGGUUCCAGAAGCCGAUAUAAGAUGAUGGGCGUUCCCCCGGGCGCGCUGUGUGAGCGUAAGCAGCGCAGCUGGAGCAGUGGCGCGGGGGCCGGCGUGUGUGGCGUUGGCAUCGGCGGCGUUGGCGUGGAGGAGUCGCCCUGCUCGCCGUCCGGCGGCGUCCUGACCGUGGGCCGCUUCUCGGUGGUCAGCGCGGACAACGGCGCCGCCACGCGCCGCAAGCACGGCAGCCACUCGGCCUCGUCCGCCUCGUCCCGCUACUCGGCGCCGCCCGACUUCUGCCUGGAGGCCCCGCCCCCGCCCGCCCUCAUCGCCAAGCGCGGCUCGCUGCCCCGCGCCAUGACGGCCGUGCCCGUGGACGUGACGCGCUUCAUGUCCUCCGACUCGGGCGCGGAGAGCAGCCCCGCCCGCCUGGCCCCGACCACGCCCGGUCGCCACGGACGCGCCGAGCGGCGGGGAAGUGACCUCAUGAAGAGGGCGGUGGCCUUCCUGCGGCGCUCGGGCCGCAGCAGCAGCGUGCAGAGCUCUGAUUCGCCCAGCCGGGCGGCCAGCGGAGUGCCCUGCAGUCCCGUCCACCAGUCGUCCUACUUCAGCAGCGACAACGACUCGGAGAUGGAGGACUCGGACAUCAAGAAGGAGCUGCAGCGGCUACGGGAGAAGCACAUGAAGGAGAUCUCAGAGCUGCAGGCCAACCAGCGCGGGGAGAUCGAGCUGCUGUACCGACGCCUGGGCAAGCCGCUGCCCCCCACCCUGGGCCUCAGCUCCACACUGCCCUCUGGUGGCCGGCGCCGGCGCGCCAGCAAGCACAAGCUCAAGGCAGGCAAGCUCCUCAGCCCUCUGGUGCAGCAGCUGCGCGGCGUCGCCAAAACCAGUGACCCCAGCAAAGCCUCAGAGGUCACCAAGAGCAGUGACCACGCUCCUAGUUUGAACGGCUCUCCAGCGAGAGGUCCGCUCCUGUAUGACAGUAGAGGUCCGGUUGGGACCAUGCCGGGCUCCGGCUCAGAACCGGUCCAAACCCAGCAGCCCUGCUCGCUCAAAGGCUCCCUGUCCUCCGACAACAUCUACUCCAGCCUCCAGGGGGAGGCUCCGGCAAUGCCCGGCGGGCCAGGUCAAGGCUGGCCCACCUAUCCCCAAACACCUGAGAGGGUCACCUAUAAAGGCAGUAGCAAGCCCCGCGCUAGAUUCCUCAGUGGGCCUGUUUCUCUGUCCAUCUGGUCAACCUUGAAGCGUCUGUGCCUCGGCAAAGAACGUGGUAGGUCGGGCGCCAGCUCAGCGGCCUCCUACCAGCCUCAGACGGCGGGCGCCACCCCUCCGCCGCACCAGCCUAUAGUGGGCGUGGCCCAGACGCAGACCAACAACAGCAACAACACGGGCGCCGCCGUGCAGCAGCUGCGCUGGCUGGUGGACGACUGGGCCGGCGAGAUGAUGCCCAGCGGCGCCACCAGCCCCUCGGACAGCCCCCAGCGCCAGGCUGCCCCCAGCGCCAGCGCCCACUGGCAGGAGAGCCGCGCCAGAGCCCGGGCUCGGGUCAGAGCCAGGAGAGCGCUGACCGUAGAGGUGACCUCCACGCCACCAGAGGCCGCUGUGGCUCAGCAGCUGCCGCUCUCCUGGCCCAUGAUUGACAGCUGUCCGUCAGGCCCUGUUCUGGACCCUGAUACGUGGCUCCGCGGAGGCAGCGUCACGCCGCCCGACGCGCUCGGAGGACUCCCGACCUCGCCCCUCUACGCGGCCGCUCAGUGGGCGGAGCUAGCCUCGCCGUCUGGCACGCGGGUCUUCGUCUUCCCCGCCUCCUCUCCGCCAUGGACCGCCCCCGCGUCCCCUCAGCAGGCCCCCAAUCCCAGAACCAGUACUCUCUAGACUCAAACUAUAUCCAAACUACUCAAGCAGGGUGUCUCUGGUUUGUACAGUGUAGCCAGAAUAUCCCAACACUAUGCCUACAAGAGCCCUCUUGUAUAUAUUAUUUCAAGAUCUGGAAUAGGUCCCUAGAACCCAAAGUGUGUUAUUUAAUCUAUUUGAGAAUGUAAAUAUGGGAAUACAUGUAGACUUGCUCUUCCAUCAUCUUCUGUACAUAUGCUACGGGCAUUAUCCAGGUGGCUGUAUAUAAUCCUUUUGAUUUGUUGGUUUGAAAGACACCAUGUGUGUACAUAAUUUAUCCUAGUUAAGACACAUUUGUACCUAGCUGAGUGUAUGUGUGUGUGCUUGAAGUCUACCACCCAGCCAAGUACUGUAGCUAUGUAUAUAGGUAUAUAUACGUACAAACUUCUGUACAUAGGACCACUUCUCCACACAUAUGUACACAAUGCAGUAUACAUGAUGAUGACUGUAUGUAUGGGGGCCAUCGCUGUGUGUGUACAUUAAGACGUUGUGCAUAGAUAUAUGGAUAUAUCUGGAUAUAUCGGUGUGUAUAGGACAGGUUCUGAGGAUGAGGGGGUAUAGAAUUAACGGUUGCCACUCCAUACAUUACAAUGGUUAGGAAAGGAGGAGCACAGCUAUUAGAAACAUCACAUCACUGUGAACCCCUCCCCGUCCAAGUCACCUGUGCCAAUCGCUUCUGCCUGCAAGCCUUCGUCCUCCUGCACCCGGACCCUUUGCUGUUAACGUCACUGCUUUAAACUGGAACUUGAACCGGAACUUGAACGCCAGCUGUAUACUUGAGAUGAAAUGCUCCCCCUUGUGGGUGUGCCUUGAACUGCCGUUUUCUCUAAUCACUCUGGAAGGAUGCACACGACGCACUUAAGUUUGUUGCAGCAUGAGUGGCCUUUCUGAGCAGGUUUGCAUAAGUGAUGAAUGUGUUUGGUGUAGAGAGCACCUCUGAAUUUUUUUGUUUGUUUGUUUGUUUGUUUGUUUGAUUGUUUUGUUUGUGUGUUUUUGUUUCUUUUAGAAUUGCAGUAUGAUAGAGGGCAAAAAGGAAUAUAAUAUGUUCUGCUGUGGAAAUGCCAUUGACUGGUGUGACAACAGCAGGUCUAUGCCAUUUGUGGGAGGAAGAUUCAACACGAAUAGAUGGAUUAGGUUUACUGUUGAACCUGAUUUUUUCUGAAGUAUAUCUGAAGUAUGUUGUUUGGACACAGUUUCCUUGAUGUACUUUUAAUCUACUCACUGUUCAUAUUUAGAAUAUGUGGAGAGGCUUAGGCAAUAUGUGUGAUUAUCAGAAAUGAAAAGGAAGCUUUAUAAAUUUGUAAGGUACCAGAUAUUGUAAUUUAUAACAGGAUAUGAAUCACAUUGAUAGCAGAAUUUUGCUGACAGCAUUUCUGGUAUAAAAACCAUACGGAACCAACACGUAAAGAUGGUCAUGUUGACAUGCAAAAGGAAGACAAUGAGUUCCUUAUUUACUGUAGGGGGAUGGGUGAUAAUUCAAAGUGGGUUGUAGAGCCAUAUGAAGAUUAACAGAACAGUUUUUUGGGAAAUGAGUUUAUUUGCUGUCUACCCGAGUGCGAUAAGAAGACAUUCCCUUCUUAACUGUGGUAAAUAAGCUAAUUUCCCCAAAAGUUGUUGUGACACAGCCAAACUAUAUUUUCAACAGAAAAUCCUCCAGGAGAAGAGCUAGAAGAGCUUAGAAUCCUUGGAUUUGGCAUUAAGGCCCUACACCAGGAAACCAACAUUUAAAGGCAUUUAGCUGUGAGUGGAGUAUAAUUUUGUUAUUCUGGGCCUAGUUGAUGAUCACCAUUGACAGCAUUCAAAGGUGUAGUAUAUAUGCAAUGAUCUCUUUGGAGAGAGUCACUCGCUCACUUCAGAGACGUGACGUUGAGUUGAAGGGAAGGAGAAUUCAGCCUUGCAGCUUUUCUGAUGUUACUUUCCAUCUGAUCCACCUUCCUUUGGGCACCAUAAGCAAGGGAUGCACAGUUCCAUUCCUGGACAUCUUUAUGUCACAUGUGCAAAUUUUAAGUGACCAACAAUUACAGAAUUAAUAAAAAUUUGGCUUGAGCAUA